GUGUGUGUGUGCGUGUGUGUGUGUGCGGAGAAGCUCCAUGGUUCCUCUGCUGCUCUCACCACAAUGGCCGGGAUCGAGUGAGGGAAGAGACGCGCCUCUCUCCAGAGAAGGAAUGACGAGGAGGAAAGGUCAUCGUGGUUGCCAAAGAAGUUCUACAAGGUUGUAACUCACUGGCUGUGGAUUCCUGAGGUCUUUUGUAGGCCCGUUUCCAUAGCAACCGCCCCGGUCCUCACCAAGGCGUUUACAAACCCCUUAUCCCCUUCCACAAAGACGACCCGCCGGAAUGGACACAGAGUCGACCCACUCGGGCUACUCCAGCCGCUCGGGGAGGUCCAACCGACACGGCGAGCGAGGUCGAGAGCGCCACAAGGCUAGCAGCAGUAAAGACAGCAGCCGCUCGGAAAAGUCUGUCAUCAUUAAUCCUCCAGAGACGUCCUCCCAGGAUUCUCCGGUGCACAACGGCGAGCCACUGCCAGGAGAGCCCAUGCCGGCGGCGUCGGAUCCUGGUGAAGAGGGCCAGGAUGAUAACUGGGGAGAGACCACCACGGCGGUGACAGGCACUUCGGAGCUCAGCAUCUCCCAGGAGGAAGUGGUCGGCUUAGGAAAGGGCAUACAGGACCGGACCAGAAGCUUCCGCCGCUAUCUCCCCCUCGCUGUGGGCGUGUGCGGGGGCCUGCUGGUGCUGGCCACCCCUCUGGUUUUCCUGCUUCUACCCGUCAUCGUGUGGCCCGAGAGGCUGCAGCCGUGCGGCGCCGCCUGCGAGGGCCUCUUCCUGUCCCUGUCCUUCAAGCUUCUCAUGCUCCUCACCGCCAUCUGGGCCUUGUUUCUGCGGCCGGCCCGUGCCAGCCUGCCGAGGGUGUGCGCGUGUCGGGCCUUCCUCACCACGCUCACCCUCCUCCUCACCAUGUCCUACUGGCUCUUCUACGGCGUCAGGAUACUCGAUGCACAGGAUGAGGACUACCACGGCGUGGUCCAGUUCGCCGUGUCCCUGGUGGACUCCCAGCUCUUUGUCCACUAUCUGGCGGUGGUGCUGCUGGAGCUACGCCACCUGCGACCCUGCUACAGCGUGUGCGUCAUCCGCUCCACCGACGGAGAAACACGUCACUACAACAUAGGACAGCUCAGCAUUCAGAACGCCGCUCUGACCAUACUGGAGUAUUACUACAAAGAUUUUCCCCUCCACAACCCGGCGCUCCUCUCGGCCUCCAAGCACAGAGCUGCCAAACAUUUGGCUGGAUUGAAAGUUUACAACGUUGACGCAUUGACAGCAAGACUGAGACAGUAUCUGUGGGAGACCCCUGGGAACACAGCAGGGGCCCAGCCUGCUAAUGGCAACCAGUCCCAGGCUGCAGCCGCCGCCGCCAAACGCAAAGACAGCGCCCAUAACGAGCUGUACUACGAGGAGGCCGACUUUGAGAGACGAGUUCGCAAACGAAAAGCCAGGUUGGUGGUGGCGGUGGAGGAGGCCUUCACGCACGUCCGCCGCAUGAAGAAAGAGGACGAACGUGCAUCACCCUCCGACAUCAUGGACGUCCGGGAAGCGGCAUUGGCCAUUUUCCCAUCGAUGGCCCGCGCGCUGCAGAAGUACCUGCGCACCACCAGGAGGCAGCACUGCCACAGCAUGGAGAGCAUCCAGAAGCACUUAGCUUUCUGCCUCAUUAACAACAUGAGCCCAAAGGCCUUCCUGGAGACAUACCUGGCCCCGGGUCCCACCCUCCAGUACGGCCCGGAGCGCUGGAUGGCCGACCAGUGGAUGUUGGUGAGCGAGGCGUCAGUAACCAGCGGCGUCAAGGAAGGCAGCGAGUUCACGCUGAGGUGCCUCGACUUCAGCUUAGCCAUCACGGUCAAGGGCAUCCCGUACAUCCGAGUGACCGAAGAGUACGUGGACCCCAAGUCGCACAAGUUCGUGCUUCUGCUCCAGUCGGAAACGUCGGUUUAACAACCUCCCCGGACCUUUAUGACUCAAAAAUGUCAGAUUUUUGUCGCAAAAACUUCUGGAUGGGAGGGAUACGUCUGUACUUUUCCACCUUGUCAGGCAUCCUUCUAUGCACUACAGACUCAUUUGCAUGUGGACGAGUGUUUUUUUUUGUUUUUUUUUUAGAAUGUGUGUUUUUGUGUGGUGGAGACAUUUGCCAAAAGUCUGGCUGUGAAAAAAAAAAGUAACUGUUGGUAUGUGUACAGUAUUUAUACAUCAACAUGCAUUAUUCCCUGCAUACUUUUUUAUAUUAAACUGCGUGGAUGAUUAUCUAAAA